AUGGAUAGGCAGAACUAUAUUCUGUAUAGGAAGUUCAACCUGAUUCUUAUUUCUGCAGCAAAUCUUCCAAAUGUCCAUACAUAUUCCAAACCCAAAAUGUAUGCCAAAGUUUCAUUCUGUGGUGACAAGAAGACUGAGCAGCGAACUCAGGUCGACAAGGAUGGCCUGUUGAAUCCAGCAUGGAAUUAUACAAUGAAUUACAAAAUUGCCGAAUCAGGUAUUACGCACAGCGGCCUCCAACUGGUCAUCAAAUUGUACUGUAAGAGAAGAACACUUAGGGAUCGAUAUGCCGGAGAGAUUCACAAAUCCGUCAAAGAACUUUUUGAUGAUGCUCAUAACAAGGGAGGCAGUGACACUUUAUCUCUCCCAAUCACGAAUGGUUCUGCAGAAACAGGUGGCAGGUUUAAUAACACUUGGAGUGGAUGUGCCAGUUUCUUUUGGAGCUAA